UAGUUUUGAUAAGUUAUAAUUGAUUUUAUUUCAACUUGUAUCCUGUGUUCUGGUGAUUCACGUUUUAGUUGUAUUCUGGAGUAACUUUGCUUUUUUACCAGUGUUAUUUUGUUAUUAAUGUAGGCUACCAUAUCGUGUAGUGAUUAGAUAUAAUAUAUUAUCUUGAAGUUGUCAAAACUCGUCUUAAAUACGAUAAAUACCGAACAAAUAUUUUCUAUCAGAUAACAAUGAAAUGGAUUUCAAACAUGAGAGAAAGACUAACACUGCCUACGUCAGAACUUUAGAUUUGGAACUUAGUGGAAAUCAGAUCAGCCUUUCAGAACGCCCAACCACUAGAGAUCAACUUACAAACCGAAAGAAAAUAGCUCGUAGUUUGAGGCCGUGUACUUUACGAAGACCAAUGUCAGCAACACCAUCUUUCGGAUACAGAACUGGAAACCGGUCCAAGAAGCAACCACCAUGGAGUCGACCGCAAUCUGCCGGCUCCUCCAUUCUCAGACGCAACAAGCUGGCCGCAAAGUUCUCCGAUCCUGCCCUCCAUGACCCAGAUUACUGUCCCAAUUUUGGAGCAACCUACACUCUGUCCUCAUCCCAGCUGCUACAAAGCCUGAUGGGGAGUUGCUCUAUCAACGAAGGGUUGGAUUCUGAUACCACGCCAACCCCCAGUCCUCAACCAAGCUUAGGAGACACGAUAAGGGCUGCAGCACAGCUAGAGCCGGGUCUGACCGCUAAACCCCCAAUACCACCCACCCCUACCCCACCACCACAACCGAGAGCAGGGACUGACAGCAAUUCCUUGGACGACAUCAUCGCACUCAAGUUCCAGCGAUGGUUCCCAGAUGCCAUAUUGGAAUCUGAAGUUAUCAGACGAACCUCCCUGACUGUCACUCCUUUUGAGGGGCAAAGGGAUGAAACUGACCAGUCGGAUGCAGGUACGAGCAUUACCGACGGAGCUGAUCUGUCCGACAAUGAAAAGUCCCUAAGUAGAGGAAAUGUCAGCACUUUUGUAAAGAAAAGUAGGUUCGCUAAACAAGGCGAUGAAGAUGUGAAAAAAUCAGUGGUGAAAUUCAAUGACAGUGCAACCAAAACUAACAGCUCUGUCCAAGGAAAGAAGUCACCAAAGAUAGUUGUUCAAGAGCCUGAUCCAUAUGGGUGUGAUGUGGUCACAGAAGAAUUCUCUUCGGACACAAACAUUCGGUGUUUGACCCCUGAUUAUUUGGCAACUCUGAAGAAGUCCAGCCACUUUUUGAAAGGACAAGUUGACAAGCGCUUAUCAUUGUCUGAUCUGACUGAUGCUCACCCCUCUAGUUCUAAUCUGAGGUCUCACAGUGUUAACUUAUAUUCAGACAGUGAGUUGUACAAAGAGGAUGAGCGCAAAGAAAGGUCAGAUAGGUCUCGUAAAGGCUAUUCCGAUAGUGAGUUGUAUAAAAGUGAAGAACCAGGAAGAAUAAAGUCCUUAAAACACAAUGAUCAAGUGUUAUCUAUAAAUGAGAUAGCAAGCCCCGUGAGUUUGGAAACUACUGCAUCCAAAUACAGAUUUACAUCCACUCCUGUUGGAAACGAAAGCAACAGAGAGCUCCCAAUUGCAGUUGAUGAUUUACAUGAAAAAAGCAGAUCACCGUCCAAAAAUAGUAACAAUGGUAUUUGUAAGGAAGAAUCAAAUAAUUUUUCUGAUUAUAACAAUAAAGUGCCAAGUUAUAAUCGUCAGGGUGAAACCUCGAGUCUCUCUCCCCCCAUUAGGUUGAGAGGUGAAGAAGAUGCACUGUACCAUGAUCAUAUUUCUUCCAAGAAGUCAGUAGAUAUGCCAGACAAGCAAUCAAAAACCUUCAUCAAUAUUGAUAAAGAAGAUGUCAGUGUUUUAGGAAGAGAAAAACAAUUUGAAGCUGUAAAUAAACAACACAAUCAGAUGCUGGGUACCGGUGAGACAAAACUAAACAGCUACUCAACCAAUCCUCGGAGGUCUUUGGAUAACUCAAAAUUUCUAAGCGAAUGGUCCCCUUCCUCAUCACCAGUAGAAAGAAAUUUAUCGACCAUACAGGAAAAGACAAAUGAUUACCAACCAAAGGCGAACACAAAGUAUGGAAGUUUGGAAAACAUGAAUUCUGACUUUGGUCAAAGAGGUAGUAGACCAAACAAGGAAAUUUGUAGAGCUGCAAGUGUGCCACCCUAUCCCAGCACGAAAUCUCCAGGGCCUGUCUCUAAACAAUCUCCAUCCAAAGUUGGUCGCCAGCUGUUACAAAACUCCAAGAAGAAAGUCAGGAGAAGCAUGUCUUAUGACGCAUCAGCAACUCCGGAAAUCACUGAGAAAGAUUCAGGUGUAUCCUCUUACGAAGAUAUUGUAACGAUGAUCAAAGUUCUGGAAAAAGAAGAUCUAGAAACCCCUGUCAUCAAGUACAAAGCUAGUCCUCCGAUAGACAGUUUAGUUCCUGACCAAUCUUCAAGUGCCAAAGCAAUCCUGAACUACCUGGAUGAAGUGGAGAAAGGCACAAUCACUUCUGCGGUUGAAGUGGAAAGGUCAUGUUCGAUUUCUGGAGACGACGGUAUAAAAGCCAGGAGCAGCAGGGACUCAGGGGCAGUAGGGACACCGGUCAGCUCCAGACUGGGCACUCUGCUCAACACAGAUACUGCAGAACUGGCCCAGCAGGUGAUGACUGUCAGUCUACAGCUAGAGGAGAGUCAGGCUCUCUGCAAGGCUCUGGAAGAGAGGUACAACAAGAGUGUUGAGUUGCUGAAGCAGCAGAAGACAGAGAGUGACGAGACUGACAAGCGCCACCAGAGGUUCAUCGAUCAGCUUUUAAAAGAGAAACGACAAUUGGCUGUUCAGUACGAGACAGCCAUCAGGGAAAUGGAAGCCAAACACGAGACUGCUGUGAAGGUGAUCGAGGAGAGGCACAAGGUUGAGAUGAAGAAGGCGCAGGAGAAGUUCAAUGCAGCUGAGAAAAUCAGGAGAGACAAGUGGAUUGAUACGAAAACAAAAAAGAUCAAGGAGUUGACAGUGCGGGGGUUGGAGCCGGAGCUUGAGCGGAUGGCCACUGCGCAUCAGGAGGAGCUGGCAGAGUUGCGUCGCGUGCACCAGCGCCAGCUGACAGAGGCGGAGGCAGCGUGGGCUCGGCGUACAGCAGCACUUCGGGAGCAGGAAGCUUGUGAGCGGCAAGCGGCCGUACAGCACGAGCGUGAAGCUGCACGUCACAGGCUGGAGCAGGAGCUCUGUCAGGUGGAGAAGAGCUACCAGGAGCAGAGACGUCGGUUGUUGGAAGAGGUCAGACAGGAGAAAGAGCUGUUGCAGCGUCAGAAUGAACGGAUCCUGGCAGAAAAACAAACCGAGUUGGCCAAACAGGUGGAUGAAGCCAAACAGAAACUGCAACUUAAGUUGGCAGACUACGAGAAGAAACAUCAGGAGGAAUUGGCAAAGAUGAAGGAGUGUCUCGAGACAGAGAAACAGGCCUGGAUCACUCGACAGAAGGGAGGGCUGGAAGAGAGGGAGGCAGCUCUGAGGGAGGAGCUGAAGAGAGAGCGGGACAGACAUAUCGAGCUUGUCAUUCGCCGUCUCGAGAGCGAGGCGGCCACCAAGGAGCAAGCUAUCGAGAAUAAGAUCAAACGACUGAAGGAGAGUUACGACAGCGAAGUGAGCGACCUGGACUCGACACUGAAGGAGUUACGUGCUCGGCUGAAGGAUACGAGGGCUGAGCUGCAGAAGAGCGAAGACAACAAUGCAGCUCUUGCGGCUCAGCUUAGUCAGGCCCAGAACGAGCUGUUGCCUCUCCGACAAAAAAUAGAUAAACUCCGGAGAGAACAUACGGAGGCGAUGCAACAGUCCGAGGCGAAGAUGGCUUUGUUGCAGAGAGAACUGAAUGAAACCAAACAAUCGUUCCAGGAACAGGUGAACAAAAUACACACAGAGAAGGAGAACCAGCUGCAGCAAGUUUAUACAAGAGUAAAAGAAGCCAUCAGCAAGAAGGAAGAUGCUCUCCUGGUGGUGACCAAACAGCGAGACACAGCUCUGGAGCAGUGUAGUCGACUGGAGAAGUUGCUGGAAACUCAGCGCAACCACUCGCUCAAACUGUAGUCUUAGUGUUUUUUAGUUUACUGUACUUGGUAUUAAAUGGUUUUUUGUCAUA